ACAACGAGCCACGACGAAGUGGAAGGGAUUGUGGAAGUUUUUUGCAAAUUUCGACUCAAAGUGUCUAAUAAAGAAGCUUCCUAAGUGAAGGAUAAUACAUUACAGCAUCAUCAUGAUGGAGGAUUUAACAGCCGAUGUAGAGGAGAGCGAUUUGCAGGACUGGCAGCUACCGCUGGCCUUCAUGAAGAAACGGCACACGGAGCGGAUCGAGGGGAGUAAGACCGAAACACACACAUGGCGGAUGAAGGAACGAAUGAAGACAGUCAGCGUUGCCUUAGUGAUGUGCCUCAAUGUGGGUGUGGACCCUCCAGAUGUUGUGAAGACCUCACCAUGUGCCAAACUAGAGUGCUGGAUAGACCCACUGUCUACCAGUCCACAGAAGGCACUUGAAGCAAUUGGCAACAAUCUCCAAAAACAGUAUGAACGCUGGCAGCCUCGGGCUCGCUACAAACUAUGCCUUGACCCUACAGUGGAAGAGGUAAAGAAGUUGUGUACAUCUCUGAGACGCAAUGCCAAAGAAGAAAGAGUUCUCUUUCACUACAACGGCCACGGUGUGCCACGACCCACCACAAAUGGAGAAAUAUGGGUCUUUAACAAGAGUUACACACAGUACAUCCCACUCUCCGUGUACGACCUGCAAUCAUGGAUGGGAAGCCCGUCGAUAUUUGUCUACGACUGUUCCAACGCUGGACUCAUCCUAGAAUCGUUUGAGCAGUUUGCCUUACAGAAGGAGCAAGAGAGAGAGCUAGCAUCCAUGAAUUCACACACCCUGUCAAGGUCACAAGCGCCCCUUCCUCCCUCGGCCAAGAACUGCAUCCAGCUAGCAUCUUGUGGCCCCAGCGAGCAGCUGCCCAUGAAUCCCAGUCUUCCAGCCGACCUCUUCACAGCAUGUCUAUCUACACCCAUUAAAAUAGCGCUAAGAUGGUUUUGUUUCCAGAAAAGCAGUGAGCUUGUUCCAGGUGUAACGUUAGAACUUGUAGAUAAGUUACCAGGUAGACUAAAUGAUAGGAGGACACCACUAGGGGAGCUGAAUUGGAUCUUCACUGCAGUCACUGAUACAAUAGCAUGGAAUGUCUUGCCUAGAGAACUUUUUCAGAAACUCUUCAGACAGGACCUCCUCGUCGCCAGCUUGUACCGUAACUUCCUUCUAGCAGAGAGGAUCAUGAGGUCGUUCAACUGUAAACCACUCUCCAGCCCUAGACUACCUCCAACCUACCAGCACACAAUGUGGCAAGCAUGGGACCUAGCCCUAGAUGUGUGCCUUGCCCAGCUCCCCGGUUUACUGAAGGGAGAGGAGUACGUCCAUAGUCCGUUCUUCGCUGAGCAGCUUACAGCCUUCCAAGUCUGGCUCACCAUGGGUUCGAAGAAGCGAGAACCACCAGAACAACUCCCGAUUGUUUUACAGGUGCUGCUUAGUCAAGUUCACAGGUUACGGGCUUUGGAUCUACUAGGGAGAUUUCUAGACCUUGGACCAUGGGCUGUUAGCUUGGCGUUGUCCGUAGGUAUCUUCCCCUACGUCUUGAAGCUUCUUCAGAGUUCAGCCCGGGAGCUUAGACCUCUUCUAGUCUUCAUAUGGGCAAAGAUUCUAGCUGUGGAUAGGUCUUGCAAGGCUGAUCUUGUAAAGGACAACGGCCACAAGUACUUCUUGUCUGUUCUAGCUGACCCAUAUAUGCCAGCUGAGCACAGAACAAUGGCAGCCUUUGUCUUGGCAAUGAUAGUAGAAGACUAUCAAAAUGGACAGGAGGCAGCCCUCCAGGGUAACGUGAUCGCCAUCUGCUUGGAGCAACUCCAUGACCAACACCCUCUCCUCAGGCAGUGGUUGGCGCUGUGUCUCGCUAGGGUCUGGACAUCAUUUGACUCGGCACGGUGGUGUGGCGUCAGGGACAGUGCCCAUGAGAAGCUGUAUCAACUACUUAGUGAUCAGCUGCCAGAGGUGCGAGCGUCAGCAGUGAUAGCUCUUGGAACUUUCAUUGGAACUGGGACAACAGAGAGGACGGAUCACGCCAUUAAUAUUGAUCACAACGUAGGAAUGACACUCAUAAACGUUGUGCAGGAUGGAAGUUUUAUUGUCAGAGAGCAACUCGUGGUGGCGCUAUACCAGCUGAUCAAGCAGUUUGAGACGCAGUUCGCCUCCAUCGCCAGGCAGAUCCUAGAGGAGGACCAACGAGCCGAUGACAACAUGACCCCAGUGGGGGCGGGCAUUACGACCGGUGGGUGGAUGGUAGUUCACGACCUUGGAGCCAAUGGCCAGGCUCUUCCCAAUCGGAGAAUGUCGCUACAGCAGGCUCCUAGCUCCGGCAGGCGAUCCACUCAACAGCUACCUCACUCUACAAGCAUGGGGAACCUCCAGCAAGCCGUCAAUGGUCAAGUGUCUAGAUCACCCGGCAACAGCAGCUCCGGUUCCUCAGGAUCUAACGGCUUCACAUCGUCUGGAAGCGGGGACGCCUUCUCGGGCAACGGCCCGGUGCUGUUUGAGAGAGGGCGACGUAGCGUAACUGCGGGGAUCAGCCAGAGCAACCUGCUGAAGUCAAGCUACAGCAACGUGUACGUGCAGAUAUGGAAGACCAUGCUGACUCUGGCUUCAGAUCCGAUGCCUUGCGUCAAGAGACUAGCCCAGCAACUCGUCAACCAAAUCAACCUCAAGGCAACCGUAAUGGCCAAGCCCCAGCAUGUUCUUGAUGCAACACGAAGGCCAUCAACGUCCGCUCCCAACAGUCCUUCAACGAGAAACGACAACGCCUUGCCCCUCAACCUCAGUGACUCGCCUCCACCGACUACGCUAAAUAUCCCCAACGAGAUAGUUAAACCGGUGCCCAUCCGCCCUGGCGAGCAGCCCCCUCCAGCUAGGCCGCAGAACCCUGGUCCAAUCGGGGUGGCGUUUUCUCACUCCCAGAACUUCUCGAGGUCCAGGAAGAUAUUCGACAAAGGUCCAAGCAUUACAUACGGAGAGGCAGAUGCAGUCAAUAUCACCACCAAGGAUCUCAACAUCUCCAGCAAGUUUACGGAUUGGUGCUGCAAGUAUUUCGCUCAGUCUGUCAUGAGGGCACCUGAGGAGAUGGAUCCAUACAGCACGUUACAUCAGGAGCGGGAAUGGCGAUUUCUACGCAACGCCAUGGGUAGGAAAGCAGCGAGAGAACAAUUACAUCGAGCAGCCACAUGUCGUCUGGAUGACCAGAUUUUCAUCAACAAGAACCAGGGGAUUCCUAUUGCGCUCCGCUUCCAGCAUUUCAGCCCCCACAUCAUCGUGGCUGACAAAGAGGGCGUAUGUGUUUGGAACUGGAAAAAUGGAGAGCGAGUAAACACGUUCUCACAUCUCAACCAUAAAGACACCAAGCUAACGUCAAUGGAUAUACUCAACUCUCACGACAUCUCACUCCUCAUGACUGGCAGUGAUGAUGGUGCUGUACAGAUAUGGCGUAACUAUUUACCCAAUAAUGAAAGUGGUGUGGAGCUAGUGUCGUCAUGGCAUGCCUUAUCAGACAUGCUACCCUCGGUCAAAGGAGCUGGUCUAGUGUUAGACUGGGAGCAGGAGUCUGGUAUGCUCUUAGCGUCCGGUGAUGUUCGUAUUAUCAGGGUAUGGGAUACUCAGAGAGAAAUAAGACUACAGGAUAUCCCAACAGGUGCAGAUAGCUGUGUAACUAGCCUGGCUUGUGACAAUGUAGGUAGAUCUCUACUCAUAGCUGGGCUCGGAGACGGUAGUGUCAGGCUAUAUGACAGGAGGCUGGCCCCAACAGACAGUCGAGUGUUGACGUUAAGAGAGCACAAUAGUUGGGUGGUGAACGUUCACCUCCAGAAAGGAUCAGGGGAUGGCAAGAUCAUCAGCGCAAGUGUGAACGGCGAUGUACGUUUCUGGGAUCCCAGAUUCUCGGAGUCGGUCAAACUGAUCCAACCCAGCUUCAACACACUGACGGCAAUGGCCGUCCAUCCACAGGCUAAUAUAUUCGCAUGUGGCUCAGCCAAUCAACUCAUCAGUGUCUUUAACAUGUCCGGUGACACACUCAGCAAUAUUAAGUACUAUGAAGGGUUCAUAGGUCAACGGAUCGGCCCAGUCAGCUGCCUUGCUUUCCAUCCACUUAAGACACAUCUGGCAUCCGGAAGCAGAGACUCCUUCCUCUCUAUUUACUCAACGGAGAAGAAAGGCAGAUGAUGAUACUGCUUCGGG